CCCCGGAUGUUUUGCUUCAUGACAACCGGAAGAAUUGUUAAGGAAUAUCUCCAAGCCUUUGAAUUUCUUUCAUUAAAAUACAAUAUAAUUUAUUAUUACUGAUAAACGAGCGUUACAUUAACACUUUUGUAGUGAGUGACUGUAUUUUGAAAGGAAGGACCGGGAAUUCCCUUUUCUCGUUCAAGCUAAUUCAAAUUUAACUUAAAAGGGGUUCAGCAGCCACAAAAAACAAACAUGAACAAUCUUAAUUCUUGACAUUUCUGAUACAAUUCUGGAGUUGAGUCCCGUCCUGCAGGAUGCUUCGAGAGACGUAUCCCUUCGCGGAGGACAGUUUCAGCCGCUUCCCGUCGCAGAGUAACAUCUACGGACUGUGUCAGGCCGGGGAGCAGGAGCUGUUAGCGGCCACUCUCAAGGGGAAGGUGGUGUGUUUCAGGUACCAGGAGCUGCAGCACAAGAUCCGACCUGUGGCUAAGGAGGUUCAGUUCACCUACAUCCCAGUUGAUGCAGAGAUUGUAUCGAUCGACGCCUUCAACAAGUCUCCACCCAAAAGCGGCCUGAUGGUGGGCAUCACAUUCGUAAAGGACUCUGGUGACAAGGCCACGCCGUUCCUCAAUAUCUACUGCGACUACGAGCCCGGCUCAGAGUUCAACCUGGAGUCCAUCGCACGUGAGUGAAGCAUCUCACAAAGAGAGCUCCAGUUCACACCUCAGCGACUUUGUGAGGUGCAGUGUGACGAAGGAGGCCGAGAGACGGUGUUUCUGCUCAGUGGACACGACCAGAGGAUCCACCUGUACAAGGAGAACGCCUCCCUCCACCAGUUUGAAGAGCAGCCAGUGGAGAGACUCUUCCCUGAACUACAACAACUGCCCAGCAAUGUGCUAUGGUUGGACAUGUUGAGUAUCGCUGGUGGCCGGCGACUCUCAGCGUUUGGCUGUCAGAAUGGCUGCGUUGGACUGGCUCUGGUCAACCAGACAGGACCAGAGGUUUUGCAGAGCUGGCGCUUCCAGUUUGACAGUCCAAUCUCUUCAGUGCUGCUGUUCCCUCUGAGCUGCCAAACUGAGCCCGACCAGCCCAGCGGAGAGAGAAGUGUGGAAAUGGAAAGCUACAAUCUUCUGGUAACCAGUACCAUAGAGAUGGCAGUUGUCUACAGAGAUGUCCAGGAGCGAGGCUUGUCUCACUCGGUGUGCCUCUCAGAGAGCGACCAGUGGGACGCAGUGCUCUGCGCUCUGGUCAUUGACCUGGAUUUUGACGGGCAGAAGGAGGUGCUGUUGGGAACAUAUGGGCAGGAACUUCUUUGUUACAAAUUCCAGCCAGCAGAGAGAAGAAGUGACGGACAGUUUCAGCUGCAGUGGAGGCGGAGUUUCAAGAGUCCUCUGCUGUCCAUCAUCUACUUAGACUUGACCGGGGACGGUUUGAGAGAGCUGGCUGUCCUCACGCUGAAGGGGCUGCAUAUCUUACAGCACUCUCUCACCAGCACCGCCGAUUUGGUCCUCAAUCGGCUCGCCCUCAGGGUGUCAGCACUCACGGCCGGCUCUGAGCCGGAGUCGGCCAAAGAGCAGGACGCCGAGGAGAAAGAUGCUCCUGCUGAGAAAGAGGAGUGUGCAGCUCAGACACCAUCAUCUUAAGAAAAACAGUGUGUUUUCAACAUGUGAGUCCUGAUGGAUCAGACUGAAGUGUUUGCCACAUUUACCGGUGGAACAGGAAGGAUUUUCUCAGUAUUCAUUAACAGUUCCAUUUACAGAUGCUAACAUCACAUUAGCCACCUAAAAACAGUCACACUCUGCUCUGUGGUCAAAACAAGGAUGUGCUGUAGAGUGUUUAGUCUUUUCCAGAUAAUAAAUCACAUUUGGGUCUGUA